AUGGCAGUUGACCGGAUAUUGGAAAAAGACAGACUACAGCUGAUUUUGUGCACUCGUCAAUUUGCAGGCGUCAAGAAGAACCUCAAUGCUGCAGGCAAGAGCCAGGACUGCGGGUCGAUUGCUGACUGGGCCCAACCAGCAGUGAACCACUUGUAUUGGUGUGCCGCAGCUAGCCAGGGCAACGCUGAACUUCUCGUGGAUGCCUGGUGCAGCAUGACCAGGCACGUGGUCAACAUCCACACAGACCACCCUGGCAUCUACACCACAUGCUUCCACAACCCCAUCGAAGAAGGCGAAUGGCUGGUGCCAGACACGCCUGCGCAUGCCCGGUUCGUUGACGUGGUGACGAGCAAGUCCUUGCUCAAGGACCUACGCCAACUGUCUCCACACACCCAGACGUACGCUUUGGAAUCUUUCCAUAGCGUGCUGAAUGGUUUUGCACCAAAGACCCGCAUAGCUGCGCUCCACUAUAACGAAAAUGGCAACCGGGAGCAGGCCACCACCCAAGCCGGUCAGAAGCAGUGGAAGCUGAAGUCCCCGAAAGCCAGGAAAGGGCACCAUGCUGCUCAUCCCGAGAAAACGAAGGCCACAUAUGGCUACGUCACCAAGCUCCUGGCUCAGGCUGUGGUGGUCUGUGAGGAGAUGGGGUCUCUGAGACAAGCCUUUGAGCUCGAUGCGGAGAAGCCAGACCCGCCCUGCCUGAACCAGAGCACCGACAGGCCACCGAAGGAAGACCUGGUGGCAGCGAGGGUCAGCCGGUUCGCAAGAAGACCACCGGGUGCACUUCUCCCCCACCAGACGCAGUCCCCGCCCCAGGGCUAGCAUUGCGAAAGCUAUGGGAGCCUCUCUGCCAACUUCAUUUUCCUGGGCAAGCGUGGCAUUGAUUCCAUACAGUGACACAUCUGCCGACAGAACAAGUGGCUUUGUCUCAUCGUAACGGGCGAGCUUGUACAGCUCUGCGGCAACAGUCGCUCUAGUUUCCAAGAAACGGUCGUAGAAUGCGAGAAGCUCGAGGAAAGCUGGAAGAGCUGUCUUGUUGGUUAGUUUGGGUGCCUGAAGGAUAGCUUGCACCUUUUCAGUGGUGUGUGACCAUUAGCAUCAAUUCUGAGUCUUAGAAACUCAACCGGCUGUAUGCCAAAGCGGCACUUUUCUUCCUUGAGGCACAGAGAUGCCUUGCUCAGCCUUGUUAGA